GUCUCAUUGGCUACAUUUGGAGUCUUUUUUCAUCUGGACAAAGGGAAUGUUUUAACAGCAACUAAAGUUUUUACAUCUAUUUAUUUAAUUUUGCGACUGUCUUUGUUUGAUUUACCAUCCGUGAUCUCUGCUGUAGCCUGGACCAAAGUUUCUCUGAGCCGUUUAGAGGAUUUUCUGUGUGCUGAGGAUCUUAACCCUGAGGAUGUCAAUACAAACUACAGUGGAAAUCAUGCAGUUGGGUUUAUUGGUGCUUCUUUCCGCUGGGAAAAAAGUGGCCAAAAAUUAUUCUUAAAAAACUUGAGUGUCAGCAUUCCUGAAGGCUCUUUAGUUGCUGUUGUGGGACUGGUUGGAUCUGAAAAGUCGUCUUUUCUUUCUGCUAUUCUUGGAGAAAUGGAGAAACUUGAAGGAACAGUUCAGAGAAGGGGUUCAGUGGCAUAUGUCAUUCAAAAUGACAGUUUACAGGAAAAUACUCUCUUUGGUGUAAAUCUAAAUAGGCCAUACUACGAACUUGUUUUAGAGUCUUGUGCUUUACUGCCAGAUUUGGGACAUGGAGACCAAACAGAGAUUGGAGAAGAGGGUGUCAGUAUAAGUGGAGGGCAGAAGAGAGUGAAUCUCGCUAGAGCUGUGUACAGCAAUGCUGACUUGUAUCUUCUGGAUGACCCUCUGUCUGCUGUAGAUGUGCAUGGUGGGAAACAUCUUUUUGAGAAGCUAAUUGGGCCUUCAGGUCUCCUAAAAAGCAAGGAAGAUACAAUAUUGAUAUAG